GAGUGAUAGGUGAGGGACUGAGAGAGGGUUGUGCACUCAGUCUCCGUUAGUGCGUGUCUGGGAGAAGGUGUGUGUGUGUGUGUGGUGUGUCUGUUGCUGCCGAGCCCUGUGUGAGUCUGUGCCAAGCUGGAGUGGGAGUCAGGGCACCACACACAGUGAUAGAAAGACAGGAAGAGGAAGAGCUGGUGCAGGAUGGCCGACUUCAAAGGCACCACGACGCUGCUCCUCCUGCUGGCGGCAACGACGGUGGUGGCAAAAUUCAGGAAUAGCAAUCUGGACAUCAGCAGACACUGUGAUGAAGAGACCAUGGUGAUCGAGGUGCGGGACACCGGGAAUAUAGGCAGUGUGGCGGUGAAGGGCUUUGAUUUCAUUGAUGCUUGCCGUGCCCAGAAGAACGGCGACAUAUUCUUCCUCGAACUGAGCCCCAACGGGAUAGCGUGCGGCUGCAACUCCGUCAGGGAAUUUAUUAAUUGGCCGAACAGGAGACGGUACAGUACUAUGCUACUCAUCAAGCUCCACAACGGACAAAGAUUCACGCAGAAUGUCGAAUGUAUAGUCAAUGAUAGAGAGAAGAGAGACGUCCUUCCCCCAGAAUUUAUCGAGCCUGACUUCAUCGAGAUUACUUCAGAGGUGUCCGGCACUGCUCCCAUCCCGAUCCUGAACGUGGGUGUGAGGCAGAACGGACAGCUGGUGGGUGGACAGAUCAACGUCCGGCCAGGCACGCCACUCACUAUGGAGGUAUUCUUGGACGACGUCUCAGCAAACAUCUACGGGAUCCUGAUGCACAACAUGGAGGUGACUGACAUGGCUAACAAGCGGGAGACGAUCAUAUUCAAUGGGUGUUCCGUGGAUCCUGUUCUCUUCGACAACUUCGUCACAACAACCGGUGACUAUGUGUCCGCCAAGUUCAGAGCAUUUAAGUUCCCUGAGACCAACUACGUCCUGUUCCGAGGCACCGUGGACGUCUGCCUCGAUAAGUGCCAAGGGAUUGCGUGCAGCAACGGCCAGGUGGGGUACGGCCGACGACGAAGAGGCAUCGACGACGAGGUUCCUGACCCUAACAAGAUCUUCGAGGUGACCAUGAUGACCAUACUGAAGAUAGAGGAGCCACUCAACGGCACCAUGAGCCUGGAGAAGAGGCUGGCGGAAGAGGUGCAGAACCAGGUGGCGGAGGAGUUAAAGACGAUGGAACUCGCUCUGCAGGAGAUGAAGGAAGAGAGGAUGUUGAUGGAGCAAGCACUACGGGAGGAGGCAAAUCCUUGGAGAAGACCUGCCGUUGUGUCUGUGAUUGGGGAAGACCGAGCCGCCAUGCAGUCCAGCGAGGGGCGGGAGCCUGGCUAUAUCUACUACAACAGUGCCGAAACUCUCAGCCAAAGUUUCCUGAUGGUGGGCGUGACUGCUGGCGCUCUACUCGCUCUCCGCGUGUAACGCUCCUCACCACAGCAGGAGUAACACUACAUCUUGCCCUCCUGCUUUCCUUCUUGGUUCUUCCUUCCUCCUCUGGUCCAGUGCGGCGAGGCGUCAUAAAGAACUAAACAAGUACUCACGGACAAAUUUUUCGUAAUUCUAGAUUUUGUGGUGAGGGAUUGUCCUGCAGGUUUAUUCGUGCUCCCUCCACCUCUGCUGCUCAUGCUGUUACUGCUAUCUGAUUAUACACCAAACCUCCCACACCUGCCUCUUCGUUGGGCAGCACGCCAACACUUCCCGGCGCACACAACACCCGCGACCCAGCCUUCUCUCAGACUGAAGGCCUCACUGCAUUUCGAACACCGCGUCUGAAAUUCUCACGACCCGAGCUGUGAACAUCGAGGGUGAAGGGCGACUGUGUCUGUUCGUGGAGGCGAUGCUUGACCUGCCCUUUAUUCCCUUCCUUCUCUUGCUUCUGGAAUUCUUGCCUUGCCUGUGCUCACCCCCUCGCCCCUGGCCAUCCUCUCCCCGCCGCAGCAGGUCCUCGCCGGUCGGCUUGGCUGCCUUGUUUACUGCAUUUCUUGGCUGUCCUUCACUGAGGGUGAGACUCCCUCAGGAUGGUUCCGCCAUCUUGAUAUUGAAUGAGCUUUAAAGUCUUCUUGUGCAUCACUGGCAUUUUCAAUGUAAGUUAAGGUCUUGGUAACUCCCAAUCCCUACAUUUCCCUGCCCCCAGCCCCCCCUCCCCCACCAAACUCCUACCCAGCCCGGACACCAUCAGGUGACCACUGGGCCACGAAUGUCUUCCACCUUUGUCAGCUUCAGAGUAAUUGUUUCACGUCUCCAAUUUUGUGCCACAAUAGUUUAUAUAACUAAUGGAUUUUGUAAGUGUCAUAGUUUUGUAAGUGCAAUAGAUCCCAAUAUCAGUUUUGUACAUCAAAUAUGCAUUAUGGAUUAUCAAGGAUGUUCACCGGACAACCCACAAAGUGUAGCUGUUGUAGACAAUGACACGGAGCCUCUGGUGGACGCCCGGCGUGCAGCGUGCAGCAUGCUGCCCUGGGCGGCCAGGCCUCCUCUCGCAGCUCUUCCGUCAGUGUGUUAUUUUAACUGUAGGGUAAAGUGACUGGUGGUGGGAGGACACAGCCCUCUGUGUCCCGCCUGUGUGUUGCCUCUGCUCCUAAUGUUCGCCGCCACGCACGCCACGCCAAGCCGCCGCCGCCGCCGCCAGUCGCGCCCCCUCAGGCGUGCUUCGCUACCCUUGCAGGGCGUGGCAGCGCAAGUGGUGCCAGGCGGCGUCUUGGUCCAGACUUGUCAGUGCCACGGCCAGUUGUCAGUCAGAGAGUAGUUUGCAAACUGGCCUUGUCACACACGUCUCCAGUGCUGGCCUCGGCGCCGUAACAACAACUAACAAAGUGCUUGUACAGCUGUACAGUAGAAUAAUGUCACAUAUUAACUGAUGUAAAAUAAACUGUGAUAGUUUC